ACAUUCAGAUGACGGGACUCUGCCAUGCAACACUCAGCAGAGCUCCAAGAUGCUUUUCUACGCAGACGAAAAGCUCCUUAAAUCUCAUCCCACAACCCUCAUUGUUCUGGUUUUCCAUCUUCUUCUAACACACUUCUGUAGAGGUCAGUCUCAGCUGAUUGGCUCAUCCCAGCCAAUAGAAGCAACACUUGGCCACGACAUAAUUUUGCCUUGUCAUCUGGACCCUGCGGAAGAUGCCUCUGGUUUGACACUGGAGUGGACGAGAGCUGACCUGAACCCCAGAUUUGUCCAUGUGUGGCGUGAUGGUCAAGAACUUGAGAGUAAAAAACAUCCUUCCUUCGAGGGAAGAACGUCACUGUUCAUCAAUGAGCUGAAGCUGGGAAACAUUUCACUGAAACUCUCUAAAGUGAAGGCUGGUGAUCAGGGAACGUACAGAUGCUUUAUUCCAUCACCAGGGAAGCAAUCUUCUGUUCAGCUAGUUGUUGGAUCAGAUGCUGUCACCUUACCGGUUGUAACUUUGGCUGGCAUUGAUAAAGACACUAGUGGAGUGGUUCUACAGUGUGAGUCUAAAGGCUGGUAUCCAGAGCCUGAGGUGGUCUGGCUGGACAGUGAGGGAAACCUCCUCUCUGCUGGACCUACAGAGACAGUCAGAGGUCCUGAUGACCUCUAUACUGUCAGCAGCAGAGUGACUGUGGAGAAGAGACACAGCAACAACUUCACCUGUAGAGUCCAACAGAAGGACAUCCACCAGACCAGAGAGACACUAUUCUGUAUUUCAGAUGAUUUCUAUAAAGUCCACUCCAGUUCUGCUGUUCCCAUCAUUGUUGGUUUGGCUGUUUGUUUGGCUCUUUGCAUCGUGUCUAUUCUGUUACUUGUUUUCUUUCUGUUGAAGAUCAAGAAAUAUCACAGAGAUGACAACGAUAGAGAGAAAAACUGUUCUAAAAAAAAUAAAACUGCAGAUCAGUCUGUCACUAAAGAAGAAACAGAGAGAGUGACACUGAUGACAGUGCAGAUGAAGAAUGUGAACAAGAAAAAAAGGAAAAAGAAGAGCAAACAUCAGAACAACACCAGCACAGUACCUGUCGUUGAGGUCGACCCGUGGGGCAAAUAUAUUCGUCUCAGGAACUCGUCCAAUGAGGAGCAACAACUGGAAGGAUGGAGGUUAGAAUUAAAUAUGAGAAAAUCCAUCACGUACACAUUUAAGAACUCAUUCAAACUACAGGCUGGAAACACUUUCACUUUGCGGGCUCCACAUUAUGGUAGCUGUCAUGAUGCCGAUAGCCUGGUGUGGAGUGACCUGAAGUUGAGCCCUGGAGACAAACUGCAGGUCGCCCUCAUCAGCAACACUGGAGAGAUUCACCUCAGAUCAUCAGAUCAUAUUACCAUAUUAUCUCUUGCAGAUAAUAAUUGACCAAGCUGUUAUGUUA